GUGACGACACGGUGACGUCACCUGGUACGCGGAGGCGGUGCACGUUGGCGAGGAAAGCUCCGGAACACACACGCACACAUGUUCCUCCGUUCAUUCAUGGCUCCGUAGUUAGUGGCGAUACGACGGAAGCGACGGCCGCGUUUUCGGCACACACUCUGCCCGCAACUUGACCGGUUGAAGUUCAGUUUCGGCGUCGACGUUCGUUUUCGGGGUGCGUGCCGCCUGGAGUACAACGCGGUGUUGUGUUGUGUGUGGUGUUAUGGGAUCAGGAGCGAAUCGAGCUCACCACAAUGCUAACUCUGACGAUGCGAAGGGAACAUAACCAGCAACAGAACGCCGGCAACAGGAGGACGUCGGAGGAGGAGUUCGUGGACAUCCUGCAGGUGCAACAGUUGCUGCUCGAUGGUAACAGGACGACGAAUCCUGCGCCGUUCUAUUACCAUCCGACAGGACAUCAUGGCUACCAUCAUCAGCACCAUCAUCAGCCGCCUCCGCAGCAGCCGUCGACGUCCACCAGCGUCGACGAUUUGGUGGCGGCUUUGUGGUUUUCGGGCGGAACCUCCAACACAGGAUCCCUAGACCCAGAGGAGCUCUCUUUGGACCAGCAGCAACAGCAGCAGCAGCAACAAGUCAGUCCGCACCAUUCACCGUCGAGCCACAUCACCGAACGGGCAACACCCCAGAGUCCCGGGAUCAGGGAAGAGGAGAACACGAACCAGAGCAGCCUGAGCAUGUAUCCGGGCCACUCGACCAACAACAACAUCGUCAAGAUGCAGCACGCGCGUUACACGACGGCCGGAAGCCCCGGCAUGUCCGGCAAUCUGCAGAUGCAGCCGGCCGGAAGCCCGAUGGGCAUGAAUCAGAUGGCCCACUCGCCCUCCACCGUGAACCCGUGGCUGCUGAGCAGCGGCGACAAGCCCGUGUAUCCCGCGAUGUUCGGGCUGUUGCAGGGCACGAGCCAGUCGCCCCAACAGUACCCGUCCUCCGCCCCGAGUCCCGCCGGCACCCACUACGACGACCGGUCGCAGAACGAACACCUGAUGAUGAGCAUGGAGUGCAUCAAGCAGCCGCCCAGCUACCCGGGCUGCGUAACCUCCACCACCCUCACGAUGGACAUGCAACAGCAGGAUCUGUGUUCGCGCGUCGGCCAGCCGAUCGUCACCACGCCCAAAUACCAGUGGGAGACGCAGGACUAUAACACACAAGCCGGUUUAGUGGUGCAAGGAUCCUCCAGUUUGGUGCCCAAACAGGAACCCGCCUUCAACACACCAUGUUCUAGUGAAUUGCAGCAGAACAGUCCGUCGUCGUACGGUGUGCAACUGGCCGAGUACAAUCCGAGCACGAGCAAGGGCCACGAGAUCCUGUCGCAGGUCUAUCAGCAGUCGCCCGGCCCGCUCAAGUUGGUGCCGGUCAAACCGAGAAAGUAUCCGAACAGGCCGAGCAAAACGCCCGUGCACGAAAGGCCGUACGCGUGUCCGGUCGAAAAUUGCGACAGACGGUUCAGCAGGUCGGACGAGCUCACCAGGCACAUCCGGAUACACACCGGACAAAAACCUUUCCAAUGCAGGAUCUGCAUGAGAUCGUUCUCGCGGUCGGACCACCUGACGACGCACAUCCGCACGCACACCGGCGAGAAGCCGUUCAGCUGCGACGUGUGCGGCCGCAAGUUCGCGCGCAGCGACGAGAAGAAGCGCCACGCCAAAGUCCACAUGAAGCAGCGCAUGAAGAAGGAGAACAAGCUGAACUCGGGCGCGGGCGUCGCCACGCAACAGCCCCAGCAGCAACAGCAGCAGCAGCAGCAACAGUCGGCGCACCACCACCACCUGCACCCGCACCAGCAGACGCAGCAGCUGCACCUGCAAACCGAGGACGGCGCUCUCUCGUUGCCGGUGGUUACGACGACGCUGUGAGAAUUGCCGACGGCCGAGCUCAUCGAGCCCGGCGAGUGCGUUCUGUUCGUUCGUGAAGACUGUGAUCUGGAUGGCACGGACCAGCCGCAAAUCAUCUACGUGCGCAUCGAGUAGGUCCUCUGCACGAUCGUCGUCCUGCGGGGGAUGCUCGCGAUUCGAUUUCGUUGAAAAAAGGUACGCGACCUGAACCGUAUGAUCUCUAUUUAAUCGGCCGACUGAGCCGCCGGUGCCAUUUUAAUUGUGUCCGUUGUUUUAUUAUUUUAUUUUAUUUUAUUAUUAUUAAUUAUUUUUAAUUAUUGUAAUUUAAUGCGAUGGAUAUUUUGUGAGCGGUCAGACUGAGACGUACACGAGGGAAUCGUAUUUAGAUUUCCGUGUGUGGAAGCGGCGAUUUUUGUUUUUAUCUUGUACAUAUUAAGUGAAAAUCCUAUUUUUGUAAAUGUUUCGAUUUGUUGAUUGUAUCUAUAUUUUAUUACUAUAUCCGGUGUCGUGGACACCAUAAAAAUUUUUUUAGAUAGGUAUAUUAACAUUAUUAGAGACAAGUUAACAAAAAUGGCUUUAAUAAUUUUAAUUGAUAGGUUCUAUAACUUGUUGCCAAAUAACACAAAACCCUUUUAAAAACUAUUUUAUACAUUCCGUACUAGUUUUUUUACAAAUCGUUGGUACUGUAAUAUAUUUAUUGUAAUUGUUAAAUAAGUCAAUAUUUAUAGGAGACUGCGAAGCAGAAACUGCACCAAAACGCGAAUUAUCAAUCAAUCAAUAGAUAACGUGCAUUUCAACACAUACCUACCUAUCUGUAAUCAUUUCACACUGAUUACGCAUUAUGAUGAUGUUCAAAAAUUAGGAUACCUCUAACAUUGUACAAACCUAAUUUUGAACCUUUUUGCUUGGCAGUUAUUCCAAUCAAUAAAUAGUCAAUAUGUGUCCAUAGUACAUGGUAUUGGCAGAAACGGGUCCCCCGAAAAAUAUAUAGUUUUUUGGGGGCCACUUGAAGAGAAUGCCUUAAGAAGUGUCUUGAAUUUUAAAAAAAAAAGUAGCAAAAUCCAGAGUAUGUAAUAGUUACCAUCGCCUAGCUCAGUUAACAAGAGAGAGGUAAAACGACUGUCAAUAUAGAAAUCUCGAUUCAUCAGUGUUUUUUAUUGGUAAAAUUGUCUUUUGUGUGUGGCUGUGGUCGCUGUGCCACUUUAAAAAACCAGCGUUCAAUACUUAGGCCUAAAUUAUAUAUAUAUUAUAUCUCGACCUUACGAUUUGUAUAAAUUUGUAUAUAGACAUAUAUUUAAAUAUAUUUAAGGUGUACAUAUUAUAUUAAUAUCUUUUAAAAAGAAAUGAAUUGUUAAAAUCCGGCUGUUGUAAUAAUUGUUAUACUUUUUUGAGAACUAUCACGUUUUGUCCCCCGUUUUUUUAUCGUCCCCCCUUCCAUUGCACAAUGUAGGUAUAUAUUUUUAUACCCUUGAAACUUGAACGUAAUACUAAAUGUUACCUAUAUACCUGUUACAAAAACGAUUAAAUAAGAAUAUAAAAAAUUUUCUUAUGAGGCUGUUGUAAAUGUAUGUGAUAUUAAAAUACAUGGAUAUUGUAGACUUCUAUCACAACAUCUCUCUCUAUUUAUUUGUAUGUUGUCAAAAAUAAUUCAAUCUAUCUAUUUCUGUCUCAAUUGUCGAAUGCAUUCGAGAAAACUUUGUCAGUGUAUUUAAAUUUGUUCUACCUGUUUCAUGGAAGGUCACGACCCUCUAUGCAAUCACACGAAUCAGAUAAAUAUAAACUGCUGAUUAAAAAUUAA